GUAUUGAAUGACGAAACAUAUUUGGGAAUCAGUGCCGCAGUAAGCACUCCCGAGUACAUGAUGCACGCUGCGAGCGCAAACACGAAGCUGUGCAAUGCUAAACUCCGAAAUGGACAGUGGUCCGCUUAACAUCACAUUUGGUCGAUACAAAUUGAGGGCUCUUGACACCUGUACACGAAAUACCCAACUUAUUCCCCCUCCUCAAUGAAAGUUUCAUGUUCAACUAUAGAAAGGUCGCUGUAUUCUGGGACUAUGAAAACUGUAGUCCUCCCUUGAACUCACAAGGACACGCCAUUGUAAAUGGCAUCCAACGAAUUGCGCAUGUCUUUGGACACAUAACAUCAUUCAAAGCAUACCUCGACAUAGGCUUACAGUCUCCCAAGUCUGUCGGGUUUCGCUCAGACCUUCAAUCCUCUGGGGUGUCCAUAACCGACUGCCCCCAUAACGGUAAGAAAGAAGUCGUGGACAAGAUGAUUCUCGUGGACAUGCUUGCAUAUGCCAUUGAUAAUCCCUCACCAGCCACCAUCAUCCUGAUAGCUGGUGACCGGGAUUACGCUUAUGCCAUUUCAACCCUCCGCCUUCGCCAGUAUAACGUCAUCCUCAUCGUGCCUCCAACCAUCUCCCAAAGUCUGGAGUCUCAAGCCUCUCUCGUAGUGGAUUGGAACUUUGCCGUACUGGGAAAGCGCACAAAAGCCGACACGCCACCCGUGCGGCAGCCUUAUCCGAGUCGCAACCUUUACCGGGAUAUCGUCGAGCGGGUGUUAUGCGAAUUCAGGGAGUUGGAUGAAGAUCCUGCUGUCACUACCACUCCCCCAGCUCCCCCCGCGACAUCUGCCCAUACGCAGCGCGCCAGUGCGGAAGAGCUGUUUCAGCCAUCAGCCUUUGAACGGAGUACGACAGUUUCAGGGGAUGCUGCCUUGACGUGCACACUGAAGAAGAUCCGCGACACAGUCGACACAGACUGUCCUAGACAUCAAUCGAGGCUCAGCCUCCCGUCUUAAAGAGGACGCUAAUGAGAUUCAGGAUGCUACUCGCACAAAUUUUACCCGACUGGAACGUAACUCGAAGGGGCCGGACUUACCCCCUAGCAUAAACUUCGGGAACUUUCCACCAUCUCCAGUGCCUGCCGUCCCUUACAAUUUAGGUCUGAAGAGCCCUCGCCUCGCCACCUGCACCACCCCCAUCUCGUACGG